CUCCAUUACCUCUAUACUUUAUUUUUCCACCAAACAAUGACAACUAUAGAGGCCACCCCCUACCCCUUACCUCCACACCCAUCCCUUUUUCUCUUUGCCCCCUCUUUACUACCAAUGCCAAACUACCCACAAACUCACUCCAUCAUCCCUCACACACAACACAAAUUGUGUUAAGACACCAACAAUCACUAAAAAGAAGAAUCAAGAAACCAAGAGCAAAUUUCAAGAAAACUGAAAAAAAAAAAUCAAGUCUUUUUUCUUCUUCUUCUUCUUCAAGUGCCAUGGAUUUACAGAUCUAUGGUUUCUUGUUCACUUUGUUUCUCACAUUCACCAUUAAUGGUGCUACAUUACAAGAAAAAACUCAAAUGCCAGCACCUCAGAUAAACUCAAACUCAGUUCUUGUAGCCCUUUUAGAUUCUCACUACACUGAGCUCUCCGAGCUGGUUGAGAAAGCUCUCCUCCUUCAAACGCUCGAGGAAGCUGUAACGAAGCACAAUAUCACCAUCUUCGCACCUAGAAACGAGGCUCUCGAGCGUGAUUUAGAUCCCGAGUUCAAGCGGUUCUUGCUCGAGCCCGGAAAUAUCAAAUCCCUUCAGAAUCUCCUCCUUUUCCACAUGGUACCCACUCGCAUUGAGUCGAGAGGUUAUAGGCACCGAAAUCAUACUACUCUUUGUCCGGGAGAGGCUGAACGUCUCUCCGUGAACAUGGCGAAGAUUAUUCACCCAGAUGAUAUAAUCAAACCAGACGGAAUCAUCCAUGGAAUCGAAAAGGUUUUAAUACCCAAAUCAGUACAACAAUCCUUCAACAACCGAAGAAAUCUCCGGUCGAUUUCAGCCGUGCUCCCACAAGGAGCACCAGAAAUCGACCCGAGAACAAACCGAUUGAAGAAAAAAGCAAACCCAGUACCCGCCGGUGCUCCACCGGUGCUACCAAUUUACUCUGCAAUGGCACCAGGUCCAUCACUAGCUCCGGCACCAGCUCCCGGACCCGGUGGACACCACCACCACUUCGACGGCGAAACUCAGGUGAAGGAUUUCAUCCAAACCCUCCUACAUUACGGCGGAUACAACGAAUUAGCAGACAUUUUAGUAAACCUUACAUCUUUAGCUACUGAAAUGGGGAAAUUAGUUUCAGAAGGAUAUGUAUUAACAGUUUUAGCUCCAAAUGAUGAAGCAAUGGCGAAAUUAACAACCGAUCAGCUAUCGGAACCCGGUGCACCGGAACAGAUAAUGUAUUAUCACUUGGUGCCUGAGUAUCAGACGGAAGAAAGUAUGUAUAAUUCCGUAAGAAGAUUCGGAAAAGUGAAGUAUGAUACAUUAAGAUUGCCCCAUAAAGUUGUUGCUGAAGAAGCUGAUGGAUCAGUGAAAUUCGGGUUUGGUGAAGGAUCGGCGUAUUUGAUUGACCCGGAUAUUUAUACCGACGGGAGGAUUUCCGUUCAGGGGAUUGACGGAGUUCUUUUUCCGGUGGAGGAAAUUAAGGUGGCUCCAAAAUCUGCUCCGGUUACUGCUAAAGUUGUUGCUAAACCAAGAAGAGGGAAGUUGAUGGAAGUAGCAUGUAGUAUGAUGGGGUCAUUUUGUCAUUAAAACUCAAGAUCAAGAAUUGAAUUAUGAAGAUGGUAAUUCAGUUAGGAUUUGGGAGAAGAGGAAAAAAAUAAAAAAGCUACAAAAUUUUCUGAAUAAAUGGCAAUUUUUUUUUUCUAGGAGAGCCUUGUAAAAUUUAGGGAAGGAGAAAACAAAAUGCUUGAAAUGAAGUGAAAAAAAUAGAAAAUGUCCAUCUCCCAAGGGAGUGAAAGGGAAA